GAAACUUUUAUGUUGGCUGAGAGUAGGAAGACGAAAGGUUUGGUCACGCUAACGGCAUCGUGCUAAUCCGACGUCCUAUCUUUACGCAAAAUCUAUUUGAUAGUUGUUUUGAAGUCGCAUUAUAUACUUCUUGGGUUGCGUCAGGUCGGUCCGAUCAGCACCAGGAUGUCCUUCCCCCCUCACUUAAACCGGCCCCUGCUGCCUCCUCCAGGGAUCCCCCCUCAGUAUGCUGGCUUCCCCUCAGGAGCCCCAAUGAUCCCAGUUCACAUGGGCAUCAUGGCCCCCGCUCCUGCUGUGAUGGUACCUUCUGUGCCGGUCGUCAGUAAGCCACCGAUGCCGAAGAAAGACAUCGCUGCCCUACGAGCUCGAGAUGACGAGAGCAGUGGCCCCACCACCACCGUGUUCGUGGGGAAUAUAUCGGAGAAGGCUUCAGACAUGUUGAUCAGACAACUGCUGGCGAAAUGCGGAAUUGUUCUGAGCUGGAAGAGAGUCCAAGGAGCAUCUGGCAAGCUCCAAGCCUUUGGUUUUUGUGAAUACAAAGAGCCAGAGUCCACGCUGCGAGCACUGCGGCUGCUUCAUGACCUGCAAAUUGGAGACAAAAAUCUGCUGGUGAAGGUGGACGCCAAGACAAAAGCUCAGCUGGAUGAAUGGAAGGCAAAAAAGAAGACUGCUAAUGAGAAAGAGAAAGCUGAAGAUGGAGCAGAUGAUGAAGAAGUGCUGGAUGAAGAGACUAAGAAGAAAGAUCAGAUUGUAAAGGGAGCUAUCGAUGGGUUGAUGCGAGAAUAUGCCGCAGAGCUCAAUGCGCCACAGGAUGAUGAGUCCCAACGAAAAAAGAGAAGGAAAGAGAAAAAAGAAGAGGAUGACAUUAACACUAUUGACAUGGAGGAGGACAAGAGAGACCUGAUUUCCAGAGAGAUUAGUAAAUUUCGUGACACCCACAAGAAGCUGGAAGAGGAAAAAGACAAGAGGGAGAAGGAGCGUUUGGAGUUUGAGCGAGAACGGAGGGAGCGGGAAAAAGAGCGAGAGAGGGAGAGAGAGCGGCGAGACCGGGAGCGGGAGAAGGAGCGCGAAAGGGAACGUGAGAGAGAAAAAGAGCGGGAGAGAGACAAAGAUCGCGACCGCAGGACCAGAGAGAGAGAGCGGGAGAGAGAGUGGGACAGGGACAGAAGUCGGGACAGGAGCAAUGAACGCAGCAAAUCCAGGGAAAAGAGUCGAGACAAAGAACGCGAAAGGGAAAGGGAAAAGAAACGAGAUCAGGAGGAUGAAGAGGAGGCAUAUGAACGCAGAAAGCUGGAGAGGAAGCUCCGGGACAAGGAAGCAGCCUAUCAGGAGCGUCUAAAAAACUGGGAGAUGAGAGAGAGGAAGAAGGCACGAGAUUACACGAAGGAGGCUGAGAGGGAAGAUGAACGCCGACGGGAAAUGAUAAAAGAGGGCAAGCGGCUAAAAGAGUUUCUUGAAGACUAUGAUGACGACAGAGACGACCCAAAGUUCUACAGGGGCAGUGCACUGCAGAAGCGUCUCAGAGAUAGGGAGAAGGAGAUGGAGGUGGACGAGCGUGACAGGAAGAGAGAAAAGGAGGAGCUGGAGGAGAUCAGACAGAGGCUGUUAGACGAGGGACACCCAGAUCCUGACGCAGAGCUACGCAGGAUGGAGGAGGAAGAGGAGGAGCGUCUGAGGCAACCUCCCAUCAUCCAGGAGCCGGAGCCUGAGGAGGAGCGAGAACGCCACAGGAGUUCACGAGACCGCAGAGACCAUCGGGACCAUCGAGAUCGCCGUGGGGACCAGGACAGAGUCGAGUCACGUCCACGUCCACGCCCCGCCCCCUCAGAGGAUGAAGUAGAGGAGGGCGAAGAAGAUUACGAAAAUGAUGAAGGAAACGCUGAGGUUAAGCCGUGCCUGAAGCCUACGAUGCGGCCGAUUACAGCGGCGCCCUCUGUGUCGUCUGCCAGUGGUAACGUCUCCCCCACCACACCUGGAGAGGAGUCACCAUGUGGCAUCAUCAUCCCCCAUGAGAACUCGCCGCCAGACGCUCUGCCGCAAGAUGAACACAGACCGAAGAUCGGCCUGAGCCUCAAACUCGGUGCCACAGGGAGUCCCAGCCAGCCCAUCACAGGGAAGCGGAAGAAGCUGGCAGUGGACAGCGUCUUCAACAAGUUUGAGGAGGAGGAAGCGGACGAGCAGCCCCGCAAACGGAAGCUGGUGCCCCUGGACUAUGACGACGAGAAAAGCCUGGGAGUGGACGGGGCUGGUCUCACCGGCAUAAAGGGAGCCAACGCCGAGGAGAAACGCAAACACAUCAAGAGCCUGAUCGAGAAGAUUCCCACAGCCAAGCCGGAGCUGUUCUCGUACCCGCUAGACUGGUCCAUGGUAGACACGACGUUAAUGGAACGACGCGUCCGACCCUGGAUCAAUAAAAAGAUCAUCGAGUACAUCGGAGAGGAAGAGGCCACCUUAGUGGAUUUUGUUUGCUCCAAGGUGAUGGCUCACAGUUCACCACAGAGCAUUUUGGAUGAUGUUGCCAUGGUUCUGGAUGAAGAAGCUGAAGUUUUCAUUGUGAAGAUGUGGAGACUGCUCAUUUAUGAGACUGAAGCCAAGAAAAUUGGUCUGGUGAAAUAAUCCACUCACUAACACCCUCCCCUCCCCCCGAUAUCAGAUCACAUACUCCGAGGUCUCCUCAUCAGACUGGAACAUGUCUUAUAGUCCCAACUGCACCAAUUCUUCAGUUCAUUGUCUCCUCCAAAACCACACUCAGGUUUUAGUCACAUCCUGGUUGCAGGUUGUUAUUUCUUUUGUGUAAAUCACGAUUUUCUUAAGAAAAAAGGACAAACCUCUUAUGAUCACUUUCUGCAAGCGCUGUGUUCUGGACAUUUUCCACCAGGUCACUUUUUGCUCCAUGUAACAAAAGGUUAAGUUUUAGGAACAUUUGCUGAAUGUGGUACAAACACAACCAAGGAUGUGAUAUUUUUGCAGGUUUUAUUUAUUUGAGUUUUUGGACAUUAUUUUAACAGGUUUGCCGUGUUUUUCCUCGACACAUUCCUGUUCAAUGUGUUGGCAUGUUCUCGUCCGGAGUCGUCCAUCACGUGGUGACAUCACUGCAGCACACAACAAAACCGCUGUACAAAAAACAUGCUAAUAGGAGACAGCAUGCAGUUGUGAAACCUCUUUUUGUAAUGAACAUUUGAAUUAAAAACUUUUUUUAAUAGG